CUGCAGCAUUGAGCAGCAGAAGCGCUGAAAGACAGAGCGAGCGCAAAGUGACAAGACCUCCCCGUACUGCGCGAUAACAUUCACACCGAUAUGAAACAAGAAAAGCCAACACAAUUGCGGAAAUAAGACGAGGAAAGACGGAAACGUGUGCUGCACUUAAACCAGGGAUUGCCAUUACUGGAUCACUUUAUACCGGCACAUGUAAGGUCUUGCUCUUGAUGAUAAUCAUACGCGCAGAAGCCGUUCUCUGGUCCUAGUCGCGCGUGCAGAGUGGAGGUUGCGCUUGGAAGUAUACAAAACUUUUUGUUUGUUUUGUUUUGCAUCUGACGUUUUGGAUUUAGAUUCAUUAAAAGUCGACUUCCCGUGAUACUGUGGAUUUUAAACGCGAAAUACGCGGAGGACCAAUAUAGUGUGGAUUUCCCCCAAUUUCUUUUGUUAUUCUCUUAUUUUACUCUUAUUAUUUAUAUUAUUGUAUUUUCUGGAGGAGCGGGGACGUUCAAUAAGUUAAUUUUAGCGGAUUCGACGCAGGUGCUUCGGUCCUGAAGGGCAGAAUGGAAUUGUUAUUUUGACCCACGAUAUCACACGGUUCAUUCAUAUUCCACAGCUUCGCUUUUAAUAUUUUUGAGAGCCAAAGACUGUUCAGUGACGCUCAUCGCAACACCACUGGAAUUACAAUCAUGAACUUUGUUGUUUAUUCGAUACAAUUAUUUUUUGCAGCUCUCCUUCAUCUGUCUGCUGUAAAGGCUGCCCACAUACCCAAAGAAGGGGGAAAGAGCAAAAAUGAUGUGAUUCCUUUCUUGGAUGUGUAUAAGAAGAGUGCGUGCAAGACACGAGAGCUGCUGGUAGACAUCAUUCAGGAGUAUCCCGACGAGAUCGAACACACCUACAUCCCGUCCUGUGUGGUUCUCAUGCGCUGUGCCGGCUGCUGCAACGACGAAGCGCUCGAGUGUGUCCCUACAGAGACCCGCAACGUCACCAUGGAGGUACUGCGAGUCAAACAACGUGUAUCGCAGCAUAAUUUUCAGAUGAGUUUUACAGAACACACCAAGUGUGAAUGCAGGCCAAAGGCAGAAGUCAAAGCAAAGAAAGAAAACCACUGUGAGCCUUGCUCAGAGAGAAGAAAGCGCUUGUAUGUGCAGGACCCCCUCACCUGUAAAUGCUCCUGCAAAUUCACACAAUUGCAAUGCAAGUCCAGACAACUUGAGUUAAACGAAAGAACUUGCAGAUGUGAAAAACCAAGAUGAUGAGCGGCACGCUGGGCAGAACACUGAAUGAAGGAAUUUUUUUUUUUACAGCACAGCACUUUUUAAACCUGAGGAUGCAUUCCCUGGACGAACUGCAAACACUACCCUGAACGAAAGACAAAGAAUGAAAUGAGGGCAGGAGAUAUCAUCCUAAUGUAUAUUAAGAUAUUAAUAUAUGAAUAUAUAGAAUAUAUAUUAUAUAUAUUAAAUGACAACGUGUGUCGCUGCUAUCACCUGAAUUACUACAAACAAGUAAACGAAGACGCUGCUUGGCGUGUGAAUGGGAUAAAUUGCAGUGUCACUGCACCUGGGCCUGUGAUUGGACAGAACUCAGUGAGGCAAUGCUUCACUGGAUCAUCCGGCUGUGGAUUCACAUCUAAAGACUCGGAUCGAAUGUCCAAGACUUCACUGAGAGGUGCAAACGAUAACCUCCACCCCUUUAUAUGAACAGUUACAGACUGUCAAUCCAAGGAGAGGAAGUGACUAAAGACUCUUUCCAGACUGUUCGGAACAGUGGGUCCAGGCACGGGAUACGAAUGCGGAACUAUCUAUUUCUGUGAUGUCACUCUUACUAGGGUGAAGUCUUAGUCAAAAAGACACCUGUACUGACUAACAUCCUAUAGGACUUGGUGUGAUAAUACUAAAGGGAUAUUACAUGUAUGUAUAUAUAGAAAUAAA